AUGAAACGUCUGGCUCCGAAAGACGCUAAAUUACGCAUCUCCGCACCCCAUGAACGUCUCUAUUCGACGUGGAUUGGUGGCUCAAUCCUUGCCUCUUUGGACACCUUCAAGCGCAUGUGGAUCUCUAAACGCGAAUACGAAAGCGAAGGUGCAAACAUUCUGCAUAGGAAGUUCCUGUGA